UUUUUUUUGGUGUGACAAUUGGUUCGACCCGUCAGACGACGACGAUUUAAUCGGUGGUGAAAAGCAGCGAGCGGCCGGUGCAGGCGAGCGAUGGCGCCAUCGAGGAGAGACAAGCCGGCGGCGGAGGCGAGGCCGAGCUCGUCGGCGCCGGCGGUGGUGGGGUCGGGGCCGGGGGCGAUCGAGGUGCAGCGGCGGCGAGUGGGCGGCGGGUGGACCAGCCGCCGGAUCUCCUUCUACGCCUCCCGCGCCUACUUCCUCCUCAUCAUCCUCCAGAUCCCGCUCUUCAGGGUCCCUUGUAGAGCAGGCACAUGCACAACACCAAUUCAAGUUACAUCGUGUCAGUUGGUUUCAAAUGAGAUAUUUCCACCGUCUAUUGUGAAGGCCAUGCUCUACCCUGGAGCUAUCGUGACCAGCCUCACUAAAAGCAUGGCAUUUCCAAGGUGGAGUGACCUGUUUGACAUGUACAAUUUGACAGAAGCCAAAAAUGCUUCUGCAGCAAUUGAUCUCCAGCGUCUAGAGAUACUGGCGGGGAGCUACUUCUGUGUUGCUGGAGCACUCGUUGGCAUCGUAAAUCCUGGGAGGAUGACUUUGUUUGGUACCCUUUUGGUUAUCUGGGGUCUAGUGAAAGAAGCACUAUUCGGGAAACCAGUGAACAGUGAUCCAACACAAUCAGCUUAUGUCUACCCGACCAUUAUGAUUGCCCUGAUUUGUGCAUUCAUGUCAAUAACUUACAAUGUAAAGAAGACGGCAAGAAGUAGUCCUUCUGUUUCUAUUGCCAAGCCAAUGCAAAGUUCUGCCAAGUCAAAACUGAAGUAGACACCGCUGUUACAACCUUUAAUCCUUUUAGUUCAUUUCCAUUAUUGGAGUGUUAAAGACAGUUUCAAGGAUAACCUGAACAUGAUUCUGGUGUAUCUCAAUACUGUAACGUUUACUUUUCUCCUUUGUAUUGAAGGCUCACAUGAUCACUCCAUCUGUAAUUUUGAUCAUAAACAGCUUCAUGUUUGUUUCCCCAAUAUUUCUGCUAUUGAGGCAGGAGUGUCUUUCUCA